CUACUGUAUCUCCUGGACUUCUCGCUCUCGCUCGUGUCUCUCUGUGAGAAACCAGACGUUCUGCUACAAUGAGGAACCUGAUGGCUCUGCUGUUCCUGCUGUCGCUCUGCUCCCUUCAUCGGGUGUUUAGCGCUCCCAUGGGUUUAGACCACACGCUGCUCUGCUGUGAAAGCACAACUAAAAUGAAGAUCCCAGAAAAGAACAUUGUGAGAUUCUGGUCGACCAGCAGCAACUGCCCCAUUAAGGCCGUUGUCUUUGAGACUUUAAAGAACAGAUUCUGUGUGAAUCCUACGGCCGCUUGGGUCUCCAAAUACCUUAAGGAAGAGGAAAUGAAAAACAAAUCCCUGAUGGAUCAGCAAACCUCUGAGACUCCGAAGUAGAUGAUUUCAACACAUAACACUAAAUUAAUAUUUACAUAAUCUCACCUUAUUUUGAGAUCCGUAUCACUGUCAGCGUCUUCUUUGUGUUUGUUCCCAUUUAAAUCCCAAUUACAUAAAAAAAAUAUUCCAAUAAAGACUUUUACAGUGCACUAAA